UUAUGCAAACAAAACGUGCAAUACUUUGCCAACGGAUCCGGUUUUGCGAUGGCUGUGACCGGCGAUCACCGGCUGUACAGUUGGGGCGACAAUACGUGGGGACAGUUGGGUCGGUGCGGGUCAGUACCGCCGCCCGACUCCAACCACAAGUGCCUAACACCUGAUAAAAUAACAUACAGUGACAGCAACCGGGAUAUGACUGUCAGACAAAUAGCCUGCGGUUAUAACUAUUGUCUGGCGCUCACCACUAGUGGCCGGGUAAACGGCUGGGGGUAUAACGGGAGCGGACAAGUGGGCUGUGGAGGCCGCCCCAGUAAUAACCAGAUCAUAUGUCGACCCCAGAAAUUGUCUUUCAGUAAUGCCUACAAAAUAACAGCCAUUUAUUGCCACUAUUUCUCCUCAUUUGCCGUCACAUCCGAUGGACAGGUGUUUAGUUGGGGUACGAAUAGUGACCAUCAGUUGGGACACGACUGUCCAGACGUGUGCGUACCUGAACCCAGGCUGGUGUCGGGACAGAACAUGGUUAAAAUUGUGACAAUUUCAAAGACACCCGGUUGGCUGGACAGCUACGUUAUGGACGAUCCUUACCUGAUUAUAAACAGUAAACUCCGGGCACUUCAGAGGCAAAAAGAAAAACAACGGCAGACAAAUCUCGAGGCCCAGCACCGGCACCGGGAGGUGGAGACCCGGCCACCUGAUCUACAGCCAGAUCAGUCAGAGCACCGGUGGGCCAUCACUGAUAGGCACGAUGUAUUGGCCUUUUUGAACAGCCAGGAGUCGCCGCCAUCCGAUGUUAGAGCCCGUGUGCCGGCGCCCGACCAAAAACGUAAUCCUAUGCGAGAUGUCUAUCGGUUUAUUGCCCGGCGAAUGGUCAGCAACAGUCGAUGUACUGCCACACCCACCGAUCCACUCCUGGCUGACGAUUGCAUAGCAGACUGGCCAGCCAACCUAGAUGAUGAGCACCCGGUGGAAAAUAUAACAGAUGAAUGGCAGCCGAACUCAAUCAAGAACGCUAAACCUGAUGGUCAUUCACCAGAACAACUCACUUACACUACUUUAUGUAAAAUACCAACUUAUGAUAGAUCUGAAAACACCAUAAGCUGCUGGUGGGGACCCGUGAGCCAAUGUCCACCGGAUCUGCGGGCACUGACAGACCAGAUGAGCGACGGGGCUGUCGCCGGAGACGGUAUGGCCCGAUCCCACACAGCAAUGUAUAAACUACUGGUGCGAGAGUGGCGACGGGCGGCCGGGACCGGGAUGUGCCGCAGGGAAUAUUUAUACCACACAUUGGACACCCUGUUAGCCAAAGGCGCUACAGUAAUCCAUUGUACUGAGCACCGGGUUCGGUGCAAACCCAGGGUGAACAUCGUGGUCUUUGAAGCGUAUGUGCCGACCCUAAAACGGUUUAUAGCAGCUAUUUGUGGGGCUAAUAAAACGAUGUCGGUUGGGGUUCAGGUGGAACUGUUAACUGCGUUAGAAUGGCUUAUAUACCUGCAAUGCCAGUACAGGCCGGCUGUGGCCGAUGUGAUGGACUCACUGUUCCGUAAGGGUGUGGCGGAGGCCGCGGCCUUUGCCGAGUGGUCACUGGCUGACAGCCCCCGACCCAAAGACAAGGGAUUAUUAAUUGGUGAAAUUAAGGCUGCUGGUUUUAAUCUAACAAUUAUCGACACGAAAGCCAUUGUCUUUGAGAGACAACCGGAAGACCCGAUGGAUUGCAUCGAGUAUUUCAUUUGCAGUGAAAUAUUCAAAGAGCUCUUAGAGAGUGUACAGUAUUUACACGACUCGUGUCCAUCAGUUAUCCAUCGGGAUCUCAAACCGGCAAAUGUGUUGAUCUCACAAAAUAAUAACAAUAAUAGGUUUCUAAAACUUUGUGACUUUGGUUCGGCCACUUUCCACGACAUGACAUCCAUGAGUCACACCUAUAAUGUGGGCACUUCACAAUAUAUGGCACCCGAAGUGUAUCAACGCCGGUAUACCAUUAAGGUUGACAUAUAUAGUCUGGGAGUGAUUGCGUUUCAUUUGUUUGAUUUAUAUAAUAUGUAA